ACUGCGUGCAAUCGUUGUUAGUAUAUAUAUAAUUUCACACACAUUUCUUGUGUUUUUUCCUCUUUAACCUCAGUGGCGAAGGAGUUGGGGUUGGAGCUCAACGCAGACAUGCGUGCUAUUACGAACCUUUCCUGCCUUAUCCACCACAACCACUACCACCCAUCCCUCGCCUCCGCCGUCCUUCGCUCCCUCCGCCACCGUCUCCCUGUAUUUUCUCCCUCUCUUAUUAGAGUCAGAGCCCAGUCCACCUCCACCUCCCAUGCUGAACUGGAUAAUGCGCGAACAGGGCGGUCGUGUUCGCUUGAUUCGCCUCCGACCCAUUUGGAUGUCACGCAGAAAAUUGAUGUUAAUCCGCCCAAGGGAACUCGGGAUUUCCCUCCUGAAGAAAUGCGGCUUCGCAAUUGGCUGUUUCAGAAUUUCAGGGAGGUUUCACAAUUAUUUGGUUUUGAAGAGGUUGAUUUUCCAGUACUAGAGUCGGAGGCACUGUUUAUUAGGAAAGCUGGUGAGGAGAUUAGAGACCAGCUUUACUGCUUUGAGGACCGGGGAAACCGUAGAGUUGCAUUAAGGCCAGAACUUACUCCUUCUCUGGCAAGGCUAGUGAUUCAGAAAGGAAAAUCAGUAUCCCUUCCCAUAAAAUGGUUUGCAAUUGGACAGUGCUGGCGGUAUGAGCGAAUGACCAGGGGACGCCGUCGUGAGCAUUACCAAUGGAACAUGGAUAUUAUUGGCGUACCUAAUGUUACAGCUGAGGCAGAGCUGAUUUCUUCUAUUAUCACCUUCUUCAAGCGCAUCGGAAUUACAUCAUCAGAUGUUGGGUUUAAGGUUUCUAGUCGAAAGGUUUUGCAAGAAGUACUGAGACGCUAUUCCAUACCAGAAAGUUUAUUUGGCAGGGUUUGUGUAAUAAUUGACAAGUUGGAGAAGAUUCCGAUAGAUGAUAUCAAGAAGGAAUUGAAGUCCGUUGAGUUAUCAGAGGAUGCGGUUGAAGAGCUGUUGCAAAUCCUUUCAGUGAAAUCUUUGACUAAGUUGGAAGAGAAACUUGGAUCUUCAGUGGAGGCCCUUGCUGACUUGAAGCAACUAUUCUUACUUGCUGAAAAGUAUGGUUACUCUGAUUGGAUCCAGUUUGAUGCAUCCAUCGUACGUGGCUUAGCCUACUACACUGGAAUUGUUUUUGAGGGAUUUGAUCGAGAAGGAAAGCUGAGAGCUAUUUGUGGUGGUGGACGAUAUGACAGAUUACUCUCUACUUUUGGAGGUGAUGAUAUCCCAGCUUGUGGCUUUGGAUUUGGUGACGCAGUUAUUGUAGAACUGUUAAAGGAAAGGGGACUUAUGCCAGAACUCAGCCCCCAGGUACAGAACAUAGUUUGCUCAUUGGAUCAGGAUCUGCAAAGUGAAGCAUCUUCAGUUGCUGCUAGACUCCGGGAAAAAGGCCAAAGUGUUGACUUGGUUUUGGAGAGCAAACCGCUUAAAUGGGUAUUUAAACGGGCAGCACGAAUAAAUGCCCAGAGACUGAUAAUAGUGGGAAGUACGGAAUGGCAAAAGGGCAUGGUUAGUGUCAAAAUCCUUUCAUCUGGGGAACAAUAUGAGAUAAAAAUCGAUGAACUAGAAUAAUAGUUAUAAGGAUUUGAUGUGUUUUCUGGACAUAGGCUUACAUUUAGUUUGAUCCCCCAAAUGCUUUUACUAUCUUGUAGUCUUCAUGUACAACUGGAGCAUUAUUGUUUAUCUGUAAGUUUAGCCAUUGGAUAUUUAUUGAGAGAUGAAUUUGUUUGGUGCUAAUUCUUAUUUUCCCAUUAUCUUUUCUAAAA